CCCCUCACUUUCGAUUUCUGUUUGUUUCAACCGUUGGCGCUUUUUACAAACUUCAUUUAUAAUUUAUGAACGUAAAAACAGAUGUUAUUGUUAACGGGACCAUUAUUUGGGUGACUUAAUCUGCCCAAAUGAAAACAGGAUACAAACGAAACAAGAGAUAUCGGAUCCCAGCGUGAAAAAAACAGCUAGAUAUUUAUACCCAAGGAACUUGCUGCGAACAACGGACUUAUUUUCUCAACUUGACGUUUCUAAUCUUUUAAUUAGUAAAAACUGGCUCUCGCCUUUAGUCAUUUGAAGUCAACUGAUAAGAUGGCAUCUCAUCGUUACGGGGAGCUGAGUGGAUUCGAUUCAGGAUCGCUUAGUGAAAGACAAGACUCAAUGUUUGACCGAUAUCUUGAUGAAAUGAAACCGUACGUCCUUCGGCUGCCUCACAAAUCAGAGAGGCAAAGAGUGGCAUUGUGGAUUAAAAAGCUGUGUGAGCCACCUGGCCCAGGAACAAGUGGAAGGAAAAACCGCAAUCUCUAUGCUCAGCUUUUGCUACACAUGGUUAAACGCAACCUGUUAGAGGAGCCAUUUACCAGAAGACCUGAGGCAGGACCACUUAAAACCUUGCCAUCAUAUAUGUCUAUAUAUCUUGAUGAACCUAUACACAAGAGAACUGCCAGUGCAGAACUUGAAGAGGAAUUUGGUCAUAAACCACCAGAUUGGCUUAAAGAAAUCCCCAGUUCAUCAGGAAGUGCUCUUUCAGAUAUCUCAGGAAGCAUCACCUCUACCUCAAGAGAGUUGCCAACUACCAGUGGUGUAAAUCCAGUCACUGGGCCAAGAUCUACAACUUAUAGCACUUCCAGUAGAGAGGAGAAAAAUGGUUAUGAAGUGGCUCCUGGAUUUGAUCAACCUCUUGAUGAAAAACGCUACAAGGGAAGGUUGUCUGCAGGCUACCCAGGCUCUGAUGACAUUCUAGAGUCAAGAUAUGGGGGUCGUAUUUCCCCACCACCUCGUCGGCGUUAUGAGAGUCCAUCAGAAUAUCAGCAUACUGACUCAGGUUAUCCUUCUACAUCACCACCAUCAAAAACAAAUCAGUACAAUGGGUUUACAAAAGGAAUAUCAUCUUUAAAUGGAACUUUGCGAGAUGACCAUAGCUUCAAUCGUUCAAGUGACAGGGAGAUUGAGCUAAGAACAAAGAUGGUUGAGGCCAAAUAUCAUGAAGAUAAGCUUAAACUUCAGCAACAACAUGAUGUUGCAGUUCAAAAGAUUCUAGACAGAAAGAACAUGGAGUUGGAGGAAGUUAAAUCACACUACAGGAACAAAAUUACUGAAAUGGAAGCAACUGCUAAGAAACAGGAAAGGAAAGUCUCCCAGCUUGUUAGAGAAGCUCAGACAAUGAAGGAACAAAGGGAUGCACAAUUAGCAGAGUUAAAAACCCUUGCAGAGCAGAAUGGUGAAACAGUGCAACAUGACUUUGAGAAGAAGUUGAAUGACAAGGUGGCUGAGUUUGAGCAAGAAAAGUUUGAGAUGCAAAAUCAACACACUCAAAACAUUCAAGAAUUGCUGGAUGAAACAAAUCAGAGAUUGCAAAAAAUGGAGACAGAAUACAACCAACAGAAUGGUACUACUAGACUGGUCAUUCAGGAAUUGGAGGCAAGAGUGCAACAACUUACCCAGGAGUCAGAAGAACUUCAGAAUUCUAGAUCAAAACUUGCUAAGGAAAAGGAAGAACUUGAACAACAAACAUCAUCUUUGUCGACUGAAUUACAGGAAGCAAAAUCAAGUCUGUCCAAAAUGGAGAGGGAUCAUUCGCAAGCAAUAAAUGAACAUAAAACAGUAGUUAAACAAUUGAACAAGAAGACAGAUUCCAGUAUGGAGAGCAUGAAGCAACAGCAUACCGCAGCAAUUGCUAAGGCUACUGACACCAUAGCAGAAUUGGAGACACAGGUUAACCAACUUAAACAAGCUCUUCAAGAUGCGGAGUUUCAACGACAGAGGCAGCUUAGGGAAUUGGAAUCUACUCACAAGCAGGAGAAGUUAAACUUAGAACAUUUACACGAGAAAAAGAUUCGAGGUAUUCAAUCCGAGCUCGAACAAGGCGAGGCAGAAUCGGAGAAGCGCAUGAGAAAGUUGGAGAAUCUUGUCAAAGAACGUGAAGAUGAAAUCCAAAAGCUGUCAGAGGCACAGAAACAACAGGCCCAACAAGCUGAGCAUGCGCUAGAGGAUUUUAAGAGCCAAGUGGAGAGAAAUUCGGGGAGGAUGUUUGACGAGAUGAAAGCUCAGAUGGAAAAGGUCGAGGAAGACCUGGCUCGCUCAAAGAACCUUCGUGAAAAGCAAGCGAAGGAGUUCAGCCGGCAACUGGAUGAUCUUAAAAUCAAACACGAAAAAGAGAUUGCAGAGAUAAAUAUUCGCCAUGAGCAAGAGAAAGCACAGAGUUUGAGAGCGCACCAUAUAGAGAGAGACUCGUCAUUAAAAGAACAAGAACAGGAAAAGGAAAUGCAGUUGGAGAAACUUCGUCAGAGAAUACUUGAACAUGAAAAUCAAACGAGAAACCGAGCUAACAAGGACGCCAAGACUAUCGCCGAGUUGGAGCAACAAGUGCGAGAGUUGCGAGAAGAGCUUAUUCAAGCGAAUUCAACGCACAAAACCCAGCUUAUGGAACUGAGUCUGUUGAGAGAAGAGGAGAAACAAACAUACAAGAGACAAGAUGAAAACUCGCAAAUGAAAUUUAAGAGUCAACUUGAGCAGCAGAGACUUCAGUUACAGCGCGAACAUAGCAGCGAAAUGGAACAGAUUCUGGAGAAAACGAACAACAGGAUAAAACAGAUGGAGGAAGAGUAUACAACACGAUCUUCCAAGGGACAACAGGUGGUAGAAACGCUCGAAGAAGAAAUAAAGAAACUAAAAGAAGAAAACAACUGCACAAGAACUAACUUGGAAAAGAAGCUUGCCCAAACAACGGCAAAAUACGAAGAAGAGAAAGCAUCGGCGAAAAAGCACCAUUCUUCAAUUUCUAAGUCUUUACAGCAAGACGUAGAAACGCAGAAAACAAUGGUUCGACAUUUAGAGAAGCGCAUUCAGCAAGUGGAGCUGGACGCGCAAGAAAAAGACCUUGAGGAUACCAUUGAAUCUCUCAGACAGCAGAUCUCAGUGUUACAGUCCCGCACACGGGUGCUACAGGAAGAACUGGAUACUAGAAACCAGUUCUCUUCUUCUUUUAAUGUAUCAUCGGUUCGCGAGCAAGAUGAAUCAUAACAACCACUGAAGGGACUCAUCGUUAAACAGGAAAGACCUAGAGUUUAUUUCCUAACCGAGUAAAGUGCACUGUAUGACAGUGGUAGAACUCAUCUACACCAUGCACACUAAAAGCGCUUUCUUCUCCUUUGGCCGUGCCUUCCUACGUGCAAAUGCAUCUCGCAAAGGCGAAUUGUAAUAUAAAUAACGAGUGAUUAUAUGAUUGUAUGAGUCUAAUUUAAUCUGUUUCAUAAACACUGCGUGAAUGAUGUCGUAGUUCUUCCGUGUUUUAAUGUUACCAGGUGUCAGACACCAGAAAUCAAGCUUGUCUCCUCCCCAAUCAAAGCCGCAGAUAGUUGCUCUUUUCUCUUACAUUAACAAUGAAUCUAUUGAUGAAAAGUAACUCAGUUCAAGGCGUUUAGUAUCGCAAACGCGUUUCUUUCGGUAAACUGAAUUUUGUUGAUAUACUUUCGAUUCCGUUUUACUGUUCGGAGCCUUGUACAUCAAAUCCUUUCCAACCACACGCACAGAUUUUUGGAAAACUGGAUUAUUUUCAAUUCUUAUUUAGUUUCACCCAUAAUAAAGAAAAGAACAUAAA